AGCAACCAGAAAUCCCCGUGGCUCAUUAAUCUCUGUCUCACUGGAUUAAGAUCGAACAGAGGCGUCAUGUCAGAAGAGACAGUGGGGGAAUCGCAGCUCUCCUUGAAGACAUCCGCAGUAAGAGUGUUCGGUCUCCCUGUGUCAUGGUACUUCUCCCUCGCCCAGAUCAAGUUCUCACCAGUAGCCAAAAAGUUGUUCGUGGUAACUGCUGUGGGUGCUGUAUCUGUAAUUUUUCUGGCUCGUCACUUUAAAAGAAGACGAGGGAAAAAGAAAGGAAAACUACCGCCAUGGGAACCAGAGCGCCUCAUACUUGAACAGACUAAAAGAGCAGCAUCAGACAGAGGUUCCAGUUGUUCCAGUAGUCGGCAGAACUUGACCUUGUCAUUAAGUUCCACCAAAGACAAAGGGUCUCAGUGUUGUAACUACGUCAAUGGAGGACUUUUCAGCAAAUACUCGGGGUCUGCCCAGAGCCUAGCCUCUGUCCAGAGUGUCAACUCCUGUCAUAGCUGUGCUUGUGGAAAUUCUAAUUCCUGGGACAAAGCAGAUGAGGAUGACAUCAAACUUGCUACCAUUCCUGUGACCACUCCCGAGAACUUGUACCUGAUGGGUAUGGAGUUAUUUGAAGAAGCGCUGCGUCGGUGGGAACAAGCCCUGACCUUUCGCAGUAGACAGGCUGAGGAUGAAGCCUGCAGCUCUGUUAAGCUGGGAGCCGGAGAUGCCAUUGCAGAAGAGAGUGUGGAUGAUAUUAUUAGUUCGGAAUUCAUCCAUAAACUUGAAGGUCUGCUGCAAAGAGCAUAUCGUCUCCAAGAGGAGUUUGAAGCAACCCUUGGGGGAUCUGACCCUAACUCCCUGGCAAAUGACACUGAUAAAGACACAGAUGUGGGCAUGAAGGAGAAUAUGGAUGACUUUGGCCUGCAAGACACCUUGAACAUUGAGUCAGCAGAUCUCUUUGCUUCAGCAACAGAGCUUUCAGAACGCAGAGAAGUGCGCCAUGCCUACAGCCUGGAGUCUUUCUGUCACUGCCCAUGUUACGAAGAAGCCAUGCAUUUAGUUGAAGAAGGAAAAAUUUACUCCAGAGUACUGAGGACUGAAACGCUGGAGUGCCUGGGAGACAGUGACUUCCUCGCCAAACUUCACUGCAUUCGGCAGGCUUUCCAGCUAAUCCUUUCAGAAGCAGACAACAGGACAUUCCUUGCAGAAAGCGGAAGGAAGAUUUUGUCAGCUUUAAUUGUGAAAGCGCGGAAGAACCCAAAGAAAUUUGAAGAUGUUUUUGAUGAAAUGAUCUAUUUUUUAGAACAGACUGAUCACUGGGAUAGUACUGAGAUGGAACUUGCUGCCAGAGGGGUAAAAAAUUUAAACUUCUAUGAUGUAGUUUUGGAUUUCAUAUUAAUGGAUUCCUUUGAAGAUUUGGAAAACCCACCCGCGUCCAUACAGAACGCAGUGAACAAUCGCUGGCUCAGCUCCUCCUUCAAAGAGACUGCUGUGGCUUCAAGUUGUUGGUCAGUGCUGAAACAGAAAAGGCAACAGAUGAAGAUCUCAGAUGGAUUUUUUGCCCACUUUUAUGCCAUUUGUGAGCAUAUAAGCCCUGUCUUAGCCUGGGGCUUUCUGGGUCCCAGGAAUUCUCUCUAUGACUUAUGCUGCUUCUUUAAGAGUCAAGUUCUGUUUUUUCUUAAGGACAUCUUUGACUUUGAGAAGGUGCGCUAUUCAAGCAUAGACGCGCUGGCCGAGGACCUCAUGCACUUGCUCAUCCGCCGCACAGAGCUGCUGGUCACCUGUCUUGGCGCAGAUGCCCUGAGGCACGCCACUACUUGCACGAGUGCACACUGCCACGCCAUGCCCACUGCACUGUUAGAAGCCAAAGUACAGUAGGUACCAGAAGAGCUUUGAGAAUGCUGUCCAGGACUUUGUGAGGUGUGCCUCAGAACCCACAGAACUGAUGGUGUGGACUCAGGGAGGAAGGAAGAGUGAGUUGACUGUGCUGUGUUUAUCAGCAAUUCUGUCAUGGGAUCCACGUGACGUAUACAGAGCAACUGCUUAAUAAUCUUUAGGUAAUCAUUUAAGUUGUGGAGUGUUACAUGUGCUGUGCUGUUGCUCAAAUAGAAGCCAGUGUCACAGGAGUUUAUUAAUUGUCUUCGCGCUAUCCAGAAUGUCCAGUGUCAUCCUCAGAAUGUGUCUUGAUGCUUUGCCCCUUGAAAAUACACUAGCCCAAGAUGAUUGUGGGUCACAUGUGUAAGAUUUAUGACUUCUAGUGUCAAUAUACUUAGCCUUGCCUGAAAUGUAUUCUUAGCCAUAGCUACUUCUUUGUUUAAUCGCGUGUAGGCAAGAGCACU